AUGAUCGAGGAUACAGUGAAGCAAGUAAAGGAAAUUCAUGCUAAAAUUCAAGCAGCUCAAGAUCGUCAAAAAAGCUACGCCGAUUUGAAGUGUAGAGAAGAGGAGUUUGAAGUUGGUGACAAAGUGUUGCUAAAGGUGUCACCAAUGAAGGGAGUGACGAGGUUUGGAAAGAAGGGAAAUCUUAGUUCAAAGUAUAUUGGCCCAUAUGAGAUACUGCAAAGGAAUGGCAAAGUAGCUUAUAGAUAUAUCCCUGAUAAGUCUCAUGUCUUACAACCUGAAACCAUUGAGUUAAAACAAAGCUUAACCUAUGAGGAAAGACCUGUCAAGAUCCUUGACUGUAAAGUGCGUAGUACACGCAAUAAGAAUAUUAAGAUUGUGAAAGUGCUAUGUUCUAACCAAGAAUAUGAGGAAGCCACUUGGAAAUUCGAGGAUGAAAUGAAAAAGAAAUACCCAGAGUUGUUUCAGGUAUGUUGA